AUGGCCAGACUCGGAGGAAUCACCCACCCCUUUGUCCUUUUUGCGAUACUGUUCGUCGCAUUUGCCUCGACAGCAUCUGCAGCGUCAGCAGUACUUGGAAUUGAUCUCGGCGGUGCAUAUGUCAAAGCAGCAAUCGUAAAGCCAGGAGUUCCCCUCGACAUUGUCCCCACCAAAGACUCGAAACGCAAAGAAGCCGCCGUCGUUGGUUUCAAACCCGUGUCUGGUUCCGCUCUCGAAUUUGGAUCUUACCCCGAACGACUUUAUGGCGGAGAUGCUCUGGCCCUCGGUGGUCGCUUCCCUGGCGAUGUCUUCACCAACCUCAAGACCCUCCUCGGCCUCGUUCCUGGUGAACACGCCGACUCUAUGAUCAAGAACUACCACGCACGCCAUCCCGCAGUCAAGUCCAACUUUGAGCAAGAGAAGGGAGCUGUCUCGUUCGUACCCAGUGCCUUUGGCUCGUCUGAAGCACCAUGGAGUCUCGAUGAGUUGCUGGCCAUGGAGCUCAAGAAUAUCCGCGCAAAUGCCGAAGCAAUGUCUGGCGGCAAGGGAAGCUCUGUCACUGAUGCUGUCAUCACCGUUCCCGUCCACUGGACUGCCGACGAGAGACGUGCUAUCCAACGUGCCGCCGAUCUGGCUGGUAUCAACAUCAUGGCUCUCGUCAGCGAUGGACUGGCUGUUGGCAUCGACUACGCCGUCAAGCGCACUUUCCCCAGCGUCAGCAAGGGUGAGAAGCCCGAGUACCACAUGGUCUUCGACAUGGGUUCUGGUUCGACCACUGCCACCAUCCUCAGAUUCCAGUCCAAGGACGUCAAGGACAUCGGCCGCUUUAACAAGACCAUUCAGGAGGUCGCCGUCAUGGGCGCUGGCUGGGACAAGACUCUUGGAGGAGAUGAGCUCAACGCUCUCAUCGUAGAUUACCUGGUCGACAGCUUCGUCGCUAAGCCUCAAGCCGUGAAGGCUGGCAUUACCGCCGAAGAAGUCAAGACCCACGGCAGAACCGCUUCUAAGAUUUGGCGUGAAGCCGAGCGCGCAAGACAGGUUCUCAGUGCCAACUCUGAAGUUAGAUCGAGCUUCGAGGGCUUGUACAAGGAUAUUGACUUCGCCACCAAGCUCACCAGAGCCGACUUCGAGAAAAUGGCUGCUUCCCACGCUGACCGUAUCCAAGCCCCUGUUCAACAGGCUCUGGAUGCUGCCAAGCUGUCUUUCAAGGAUCUUGACUCUGUCAUCCUUCACGGUGGUGCUAUCAGAACCCCGUUCGUCCAGAAGAAGCUCGAGUCCAUGACUGGCAAGCACACCGAGGUUCGCAGCAACGUCAACUCUGAUGAGUCGGCCGCUUUCGGUGCUGCGUUUAAGGCCGCCGAUUUGAGCCCCAGCUUCCGUGUCAAGGAGAUCAGAGCUCUUGAAGCCGCUACCUACCCUGCAGGCAUCAAGUACCCCGCGGAUGGCAAGGAGAGAUCGCAAAAGCUGUUCGUCCCUACUUCUCUGGCCGGGUCUGCCAAGGAGAUCACCAUCAAGAACCUUGACGACUUUACUUUUGGCAUCUUCCAGACUGUUGGCAGCGUUGAUCGUCCGGUCACCGAGGUCAUCACCCAAAACUUGACCGCUUCCGUUGAGACUCUGUCCACCAAAUUCGGUUGCUCCAAGGACGAAAUCUCUACCAAGCUCAAGCUUCGCAUCAGCCCUGUUGACAGCAUUCCUGAGAUUGUUUCUGCUUCAGUCAGCUGCGAGACUGAGGGUGGCAAGGCUGCUGGUCUCGGAGACUCGGUCAAAGGACUUUUCGGAUUUGGAUCCAAGAAGGGCGACCAAGAACCUCUCAUCGAAGACGAGGAGGUAGAGACCGUGAAAGAGUCUAGCUCAUCAUCGUCCCGCUCUUCCUCCAGCACCAGUAGUGCCAAGUCAAGUGGAUCGGCCACCCCUGAGGCUGAUGCCAAGAAGAAGCGUACUGAGACUAUCCCUAUCAAGCUCACCACUGUUGUCAAGGGCCUUCCCCAACCUGCACUCGAAGACAUCAAGUCCAUGAAGGAGCGUCUUGCUGCCUUUGACCGCUCGGACCUCUCUCGUACCCAGAGAGAAGAGGCUCUGAACGUUCUCGAAGCAUACACCUACCGCACUAGAGAUCUCCUCGAGAACUCUGACUUUGUCGGUGCCUCGACGGAGGCUAUCAGAUCUCAGUUGACUUCUCUGCUCAGCAGCACUAGUGACUGGCUUUACGGGGAAGGCUCUUCGGCAAAGGUUGAGGCUUUCAAGAGCAAGCUUGCUGCUCUCAAGGCUAUUGUCGACCCCGUCCAGAAGCGCAGAGAAGAAGCCGCUGCACGUCCCGAGAUCCUCAAGUCGCUGCAAAGCUCGCUCGAUCAGACAAAAUCCAUGGUCGACGCCAUCGGCAAGCAGAUUGCUGCCUCCAUCUCUUCCGCCUCCGAGGCAGCUCUAUCAAGCAGCACCACCACCACCAAAGCAGCCCCUAGUCCCAGCUCUGCCGACGACCUUGACGAUCUCGAGGAUGUCGACGCCUCAAGCACCUCUUCAUCAGCCAAACCCAGCGAAUCCCCUGCCCUGAUGCCCUACACCUCAGACGACCUCACCUCCAUCACCUCGGCCUACGAGACCGUCGCUGAAUGGUUGAAGACCAAGAUCGCCGAGCAAGACAAACUUCAAGCUUUCGAGGACCCAGCAUUCACGGUCAAGGAAGUGGAGGCCAAAGCCAAGGAGCUCAACAAAGCGCUUAUGGAUAUGGUGACCAAGAAGAUGCAGAUGCCCAAGCCUAAGGCUAGCAGUAGCAGCUCGAAGAAGCCGAGGGCGUCAAAGAGCAAGAAGAUGAAGUCGACGAGUAGUGAGACGGCGACUGAGUCGCCUUCUGCCAGUGCUUCUGUUGUUGUUGAGGAGGAGGAUAAGCCUAUUGAGCAUGAAGAGUUGUAG